AUGACACCGUCCCGGACCCGAGAGUUAAUGCCUACGCAGGGGAAAAAGAAAAGCGCAAACGUUUCUGCCGUUCCCGACUUCCUGUUCUACCGGCCUCCGCAGCACCAGGCCGCGAUUCGGCUGAGGCAGCGGAAAAGACGCAAACCCGGCGCCCGCACAACGAGCCGGACGGGCAGAAACCCCUGCGCAGGGGCAGGAAAACGAAACGGAACGACAGCGCCGUCUCUCCGCGCCGGGCCGCGCCUCCUGUGCUCGGCCUCCCGCGACGCCGUGCGCGUGUGGAGCCUCGCGGAGAGCGGGCAAGGUAGGCACCGUCCCCGGCACGCGCUGCGCCAAAGGAUCUGUAACGUCACGAUAACCGCAAGGUGCCGCGGUCCUCCGGGGGCGUCGAUGUUAUUGGCUUUUCAUUUGAAAGCUGUUACAGUGUCUGAAGUAAUAUUUUUGUUGAGUGAUAAUAACAUAAAAAUUGCUGCAGGGUUAACGCCUCGAGGAAUUGUUAUAGGAACUUUUUUGGGAAUGGUGCUUCAUGUGAGAUUUAGUCCAGAUGAUCAGCAAGUGGCAGUAUGCACUGAAAAGCGGAUUUACAUGCUAAGUGCGAAGAAUAAUGCUGUACUAGCUGAACUGGAAGGCCACCUAGCUCCGGUUACUGCUGCUGAGUUCUGCACAUGGGAGAAAAAUACACUGAUAUCGAUUUCUGAGGACAGAAGCUUUAAGAUUUGGGACUAUUCUGCUGGGCUGUUAAUAUAUCAAUCAGCAGUAUUAACAGCAUUUCCUUUGUUAAGUCUGCUAAUUGAUGAAGAAAAUAAACAGAUUGUCACUGGAUGUGCUGAUGGACAGCUUUGGAUAUUCAGUUUAAUCGGUGAUCAUAAUUACCGUUGUGUGACAUGUAUCAACUUAAAGAAAGAACAAGAGAAAUUCUAUAAUAAAAUGGGGCAAUUUGGACAGAAAUUAGAUGAGGGGCAAAGUACUUCUCAGCUGUAUAAAGCAAACAGUAUGAGACGAGAAGAAACAGUGGAAACAACAUUGCCGGUUCUCACAAUUGAACACUGUGACAGUUCAAUAUUUUUCCAUAAAGAAGAAAACUUAUUUCCUGCACUAAAUACUACGUAUUUAUGCAUAGGAAGCUCUUCUGGCUUGUUAAUAGUUAAUUCAGCAAACUUUGAAUUAGAAGCAUUUUUAUGUUACAAAGAUUACAGUGGCCUCAGUAUUCAAUUUGCUGGAUUGUGUGCCCUAACAAAGAAGGCAGUUAAUGGAAAGGUUUUAUGCUUGAUCUCUUCAAUGUUUGAGGAUAUGAUUGCAGUGUUGGAGGUUAAUAUUGCUGAAUUGGUGAGAUCUCAGCAGAAUGGUUUUCUCAUAUGUGGAAAAGAGAAGACUCUCUCAGUUAUUGCCAGGUCUCCUUUGUUGCCAAAAUCUCCCCUGCAUAAGGGUUUUAAAGUCAAGGAACCUUCUAGUAAAACACUUGGAGUGAAAAGCACAGUGAAAGACCAACCACUGGUUUUCCAUAGGAAAAUUAAGUCAUCAGGUUAUGCAACAGCACCACGAAUGACCAUGUUUUCUCCAAUUACUAACCUGAAGAAAAGUGAUGACAUAUCAAAGUGGAAGACCAGCUGUAAAUGCAAAAAUAAAGAAUAUCCAUUGGAAGGUUCUCCUCCAACCAAAUAUGGGAGAGAAAUAUCUGUUGCUUCUAAGCCAACCCCAAUUUGUUGUAUUCAGUAUUCUGGGGAUGGAGAGCUCCUGGCUUGUGGCCUUGCUGACAAAUCUGUGUUGGUAUUUGAUUCCAACCUUACUGAUACAAGAGCUGUUUUUUCAGGUCAUGAUGGUGCAAUUAACUCUGUUGGUUGGAGCCAUGACAAGAAGUGGUUAGUUUCUGCAUCAGAAGACCAAACUUUAAGGAUUUGGUCAGUCUGCAAUAAAGAACCUGCCCUACUUCUGGGUAAAGACAAGUUCCAUAAAUCUGUACGCUUUGCACAGUUUUAUUAUAUAGAUACAUUUAUAUUGCUGUGUUGUGGAGCUGAAUUUCAUCUGUUAAGUUUCUACCUUGACACAGUGAAGGAUGACCUAAAACGAUAUAAACAGAGAAGUGUUUGCAAAUUGAUUCAGAAAUUUCCCAUGGCUUCCACAGUGGAGAUCACCAGCCUUUCAACAGUAAAUGAUUUCUACUCUUAUAUUGUACUUACAGCUGGUAGCAACAGAGCUCUGGAAGUUUUUGACCUCAAUGCAGGCUGCAGCUCAGCAGUAAUACCAGAGGUUCAUUCUAGAUCAGUCCAUCAGAUUUGCCAAAAUAAG